AUGCCCGUGAAAUCACCGCUAAACAUUUCAUCACAGGGCCAUGCCCAGAAGAAGCACAAGGUCAGACUGUCAACCACCUUCCAUCGCCCCAAGACCCUCCAGCUCUCUCGCGCGCCGAAGUACCACCGCAAGUCCAUCCCCCAUGAGAACCGCAUGGACGAGCACAAGAUCAUCGUCCACCCUCUCAACACUGAGAGCGCCAUGAAGAAGAUCGAAGAGAACAACACCCUUGUCUUCAUUGUUGACGUCAAGUCCAACAAGGCUCAGAUCAAGGCUGCAUUGAAGAAGCUCUACGACAUUGACACCGUCAAGAUCAACACUCUGAUCCGACCUGAUGGUGCCAAGAAGGCUUACUGCCGUCUUACUGCCGAUGUCGAUGCUCUCGACAUUGCCGCCACCAAGCUCGCGCUUGUGUAA